UAUUUAUAUAAGGAUGUUUUAAAAAUUUCAGUAACAAUUGCAAAAUGUUGGCGAUAUUGCGAAUAAGUGCAGUUGUGCUCUUGUGCCUUGGAAGCACAACUCCUGCCGCAGGUGCAGUUUGGAGGCACUAUGGUGCAAGCAGCAAUGGCCCACUGCAUAAAAACGACCUAGAAAUGGUGUUGGGGCACGAUUUUAACGUAGGCGCUAAAGCCACAUUUGAUCCGUCUGAGGAUAAGGCAGUUGUCAAUCAGAUCGGUGUAAUGAAGUUUAUAACAUCGCAUGUGGUUGGCUUAAAUGCCACCAACGUAAGCGGAGAGGGGCGGUUUUCUGUCGGUGGCAACAUGCCAAUAAGGAAAGACGUGACAACAUUGCUUGGUAACGGAACCACUGUAGUUCACUAUGAUUUCAAGGGGGGAGACACAGCAGUCCAAGGUGUAGAUAAUGUAGUUGAAGGAGGGUUUUCUAGCAAUUUCAUUACGAAAGACAGCAGCUUGACAACGCCAACUGACAGUACUUUAGGUCGUGGUGAUAAAACCGUAAAUCUGGUUAUAUCUCCUGGUGCAAAUAUUCGCCACGGCGGGGUCAGCAGCACGGGCGAGCCGGCACUCCACAAAUUUGCCACAUAUAGCCAAGAAGAUGCAUUUUUCAGUGGAAAAGUCAACGCGAAACACAACAAUUUGGAAACAUCGUUUCUUAGUGGAACGACUUUUGCUAGACCUGGUGCCGCAAAUAGUCCCGAUAGUAUGCACAAUUCUCCGUAUGGCCAAGAGAAAGCGGUUCGAAUACAGAUCGGUGGUAACGCCAACCGUAAAAGUAGUGAUGUGGGCGCUACGCCUGAUAACGAAAAAGCAGUCAAGCUUGUUAUUUCCGGAGUAGGGAACGCUCCCAAGAGUACCAGUGGACACACGGUAGAUCAUAGAGAUGGACACGGAAUACAAGUACCGCUCAGUGGCAAUGUGCACGCUACGAAUUUGGCAACGUCGCUUCCUACCGGUUCUCAGAAAUCGGUGAACCUGGUAUUAUCCGGUGGGACAAUUAUUUCCAGUAGCGCUAGUAGCAAGGGUGACGCAACUGUUCCCAAUUUAUCUCCGUACCACCAAGAGAAAGCAAUUCGGAUUAACAUCGGUGGGAAUGUCAUUGCAAAGGGUAACUCCGCAAUGUUGUUUGAAUCACAGCAAAAUGAUCCUGCUAGUGCUAUAGAUGUUAGAAGUAACAGCACGUAGAGCAAAACCCAACGCAUUUACAGUAGUGAAGAAACAGUUUGAAAAUACGCACUGUAACACUGUUCAAUAAAAUACUUACGUGAU